AUGAUUACAGCUUUCGGAUUUCAAAAUUUGAUGGUGCCAGUCAUGAUAGGUUUUCAAAUAGUCAAAUCACUUUUGUUUGCCAUGUUUUUACCAAGCGUUUUGGGUAAUUUGGGUAGAUUCGUCGGCGAGGGUGUCAAAUUUCUCUCGUCAUCUCAACAAUUCAGGCAUCCUGGAGAAAUCGAUAACGGCAACGUUGGACAAAUGGAAGAUUUCGAAUUCAAGGAUGUGAACAACAAUUACGAUCAACAAUAUGCUGACGGACAAACGGAUGGUUCGGCUCCUGUAUAUUCCUAUGCUGCAUAUCCGAAUAAUUACGAUUAUAAUAAAGGGGAACAAUCAGGAGCGUAUUCAUCCGUCGCAAGCAGGUUCACGACAGGAGCUCAUAAGUUAAAUUACAUUCCUAAUAAUAAUCAUCAUGGAAGUUUUUAUACUAAAUACACGGACAAACAUGGAAAACGGCAAAAUUUCAAGGUUUUCCAUAAUAUUCCAUCGUCUUCUUUACUUUUGACGAAUUACGAUCCUUUUUACAGUCCUUUACUGUCUAGAAUGGACAGCGUUUUCAAACAAUUAAACUACGAAUCCGAAUCGUGCAGAGAAAAAUUAAUUUGUUUGAUGUAUAAAAAUCCGGCGAAAUUCGCACCCUAUAGUAAUUUAAUAUCGGCUCAAUUAAGCAGGGAAUUGAACGAAUUGAGAAAACCAUCGACGGAUAAUCCGGAUAUAUUGAGAUUUUUUAAAUAUAUGAAAGCAGCUAAAGACGGUCAAGAUGGUCUAGAAUGUUCUAAAACAUAUUCCGGAUGUACGGAUAAUAGAGAAUCGAUAAGUUCUCCCAUGGUUAAAACGUACAACGACAUAAAUAAAUUGGUACACGCGAGAAAAUUAUUUUCUUAG